AUGGCCGAUAGUCUUCUCGACAACUACAAUCCACUUUAUGACAUCCAUCUGCGGCAAUACUUUGCGCUGCCCCAUAUGCAAAAACACCUGCAAAAAAUGGGAUUGGUGAGUGUGAACUUUGUGCUUGCUGAGCUAUUUUUGCACACUGAAAAAGAGUUCAAGUGCACUUUCACUUAUUCAUAUGAAUUCAUACUCUAAUCUCUGCUUCUAAUCCAAUCAUCCAAUCCCCUCAAGAGACUGGAGAGAAAGAACAAUCUUCAUCUUUUUUGAUUGGCAAAGAAACGAAAGCUUCAGACAAUCUAUUCAAAGGGCUCGGACAAAAAGACGCAAAAGAUAGAGGGACGCGCAAGUUUUUGUGACACCCCAGGGAAUUUGUCAUCAUAAUUGAACGUUUCGGGGCCACAUUCAUCCUUUCCGGCUCUCGCAUUGUUGUCGGGGGACCGACUUCCUCCGAUAUAUGUUUGUACACGUGUUCAAAUUGAAAGAGUACAGAAACCAACACCGUAAAUUUUGUUUGUUCUACCACACGUUCGCAUAGUGACCACCCCCAAAAUCAAAGCCAAUUGGCAGGUCAUUUGCGCGCGCGCGCGUACAGACGGGACGGGAUUAUGUGUUAUGGUUAUGUACGGGUAAUUGUCCGCGCCAGAUUGCAAAAAUACGAGCGAGGGUGUUAUAAUUCCACUCAUUUCAUGGUUCGAAAGACCUCGAAAUUGUGUAUUAGGUAGGCAGAAGAGAAGGGGGUUAGCCUGGCGAAUUACACCUGAAGGGGGAAUUAAAUUGUGAGGUAUGUUGAGGAAUGUAAUCAGUGGAACAAGGUUAUGUGACCAGUUAGAAAGAAUUGAAUCUUGGGCAUGCAAGAGUUCAGAAAAAAAUGCUAAAACUUGGGAUUUUUGAGCUUCUUCCUAGAAACCACAGAUCAACGAAAGUGCACAUGCCCCAUCUCUUUAUUCUCCUGCUCAAGUCAUUAAAGAAACAUUGUUCCCUUUUUCAGCUGGAGUCGACGCUCAACUUGAAUGGCGACGAAGUGUACGCGCGUCACCACGCAAUGAUGGACAUGAUGCUCAAGAACAGGUUGCCAUUGGCAGCAAAAUAACCACCAGCGAAACAACAUUCAUUUCAGAGAAGCUCAGCUUUUGAAGAUGGCCGAGCUGCGCAAAAAGCUCGACGCCGCCGAAAAAGUGGAGAUUUGUCGUCGUAUCCGGACUGGACAAAGCCCCGAAUCGUACCGGCGCGGAAAGCCGAGUCGUAGUCUGAGCAGAAGUACUUUUACAUUAGAUGACCACAAAUAAAACAACUGUGCGCUAUUUUUAGAUCGGGCUGGUCAGAAGGGAAACAGUGGAGGACGUCAACGUCGCUUCUCCAAUAGCUAUGAGGAUAGGGACUUUGUCCAACAUAUCGAGGAACGCAACGCGGAUCCAGAUGAUUAUGAUACCAGGGAUCCGUACAAGAGACUGUCGGCAAACGCUAAGCGCUUCAAUUAUCUUCACAAGGUACUUACUGUAGCCAUGAAGCACCUACUUGAAAACUAUGUUUUUUUCAGUUAGACGAUAACACUCUUAUCGCCUACAAAGACAACUUGAAAAGGCAAUUGCAACGCCUCGAGCGUUUCCGUGAGAUCUCAUUCGGACCUCACUCGGUUGCUCGUCAACCACCUCCACAACAAUCUUCGUGGUUCUUCCGGCGAAGGUGAGAGAGAGAGAGAAAGAGAGAGAGACAGCUGAGAGUGUAGAAAUAUCAAGAAGUUUGGCUUUUGACUAACCCAUUUGCUUCUAAUCGAAAUGUCACUGCCUAUCAACCUCAUUGUAAAUACAUAUGUCUUAUCAAACCUUCACGCUUUCUUUCACAUAUCAUAGGUUUCAGGUAGUUUUCUUUAGAAAUCUUUCAGCACCUUCAGACAAAGAAUUGUACUUUUCUCUGUUAGCAAGACUAGAUUUCUUUAGUAAUUUCUAUCUCUUUUUCUUAUUUUAUUAUUAUUUCUCUAUCACGUUUGACUUUCCAAAAUCCAAACGACGAUGGUUGUCCGUGUCCACCACAUGGUUGAAUAAUAUUCAGAUCGCUACCUAGUCUGACUGCUUCAGCUCCCGGAAAUACCCUGAAAGAGCCGUUGAGGUACUAAUACAGUCCAGUGUCCAGUGAAAUGAGAAUCCCCGCUUUUUGACGCCUCCGCUCAUCCGGGUGCUUCUUCGAAAAGCCUUUGUGAAAGAGUCCCGUCUUACUUCUCAGUGUCGAACCUGUGUCCAAAAAUCCUUCUAUCCUUUACUUGUGAUUGUGUGCUCCUUUCACUUUCUAUUCUUUGGUUUAUACAGCAAUACACGCAAUACUGGGCAGAAUGUUUUCAGUUUCAGAAAAAGUACGGAAAUGGAAAAGUUACCAUUUGUGUUCAGUAUUGUUGGUGUAUUUCCUUUUUUUUACACUUUUUAAUGGCUUUUUAUGGAAUUACAAUCAAUUCCAACCUUUCUCGCAAAUUUUUGCCGCUUCACAUAUUCAUUCCCUUUAGGCCACCCUAUCCUCAAGCACGGCACUUUCUGUUCACAUUGCUCCCAUUUCGCUUUUUUCAAACUUCCUACUCAACAUCACAAUAUCCCAGUGAACACUUGCAAAUGCGAGUCCACUCGGCUCAAAUAUUUUUUGAACAACGGAAAAGAUAAACUUGCAUUUUUUUUUGUGCCAUUCGCGCUCAUGCCUUAUGUGUCACGGCUGAAUGUGAAAUUAUGAUAACAAUAAUAAUUGUUAUUAUUAUUAUGCAAAUGCGCAUGUUUGAGCCGAGAAAAUGGUCCGCCUACUCCAUCACCGUUUUCACCAUCAGUGUAGCAUUGUUCGAGCAAGACUAACUAGUAAAAAUGUAGAAGAGAAAGAGGAGAACAACUUUCAGAAGUGUGCUCAACAUGCGGGGACGCAAAACAACCACCGGUAACAAAUUGAAUGCGAGUCAUGAUAAUCGAACCAGCUGUCCGCCAACUACGCGAAAACGGAAAGGUGCGUAAGCGGUUUUGAAAUGGACCAGAGAUAAUCAUUGGGAUAAAACCGUAGAGCUGCAAUAUUCGAUACAAAAAAGCGAAUGAUUUAUGUAAUGCAAUUUCAUGAGUUUUUUUUCAGAUUCGAACACUCGUCUCCCACCUAUCAACCCACAAAAGGCGCGGGUACCAACCAAGCCACCGGCACCGGUGUCUCUCCAACAAACAACCACCAAACUUCCACCAGCAGUCAAGAAGUGAGUCAUAAGCCAGUUAGACCAGAGUUUAUAUCCAUUGUUUUAUUUUCAGACCGGCUCCGUCUCGGGGACGUCCUUCGAAUAAGAGACAAACAACCACAACCACAACGACUGCAAUCACUGCUGUGUCCAAAUCCCCGCCUACGGCUAUUAGCGUGAAUACAUUCCCGACACUCCCGUCUGUGACUGGUAAGACAGCAUGAUACAACAAAUUGACUUAAUGUUUAAAUUUUCAGGACAUGGAAUCUUCACGGGAGCUGCGGCGGCUGCUACUGUUGCAGCAAUUGGAACCGCUGCCAUCACUGUGGAGAAUUUGAUUUCGGACGAGCCCAAAAAGACACCGACGCCUUCUCCGCCAGUUUCUCCAGUUUUGGAAACUCAGAAGACCUUUGAUCGUUCUUCUCCAACUGACGGACUGCCCACGGAGGAGCCACCAGCUGAUAUUCUUGAGCAUUUGGCUCAUGAGUCGGAGCAAGUUCCAGAACAUGAUGAGCAAGAGUUUGAUGACCAUAUUGAACGUCAAAUUGUCUUGGAUAAUGCUCCAAUUAAUCAUUCUCAUGGAGAUUAUGAGGACAGCGAUUCGGAGCCGGAGUAUGCGGAGGAAGAUCGUGAAACUCCAGAGGAACACUUUGUCCGUCAUGAAAUUGGAAUUGUCAAUGCUACUCCAAGCCCAACCGAACCACUGGAAGUUCAAACUCAGGCACACGACGCCCAUGUGAGCCCACCAAUUUCGGACAAAUCUGGAAGCCCACCCGAACUCAGAUAUGACCAGCAUAUUGCUUCGGAACCUGAAAGCCCAUAUGCUCGUUCGGAGACAGAGGAUCAUCAAUCACCUGCACCACCAAGCCCAGUUCUGUCCGAGAAAGACGUCGCUAAGUCUCCAGCUCUUCCAAGUCCUGCUCCACAAAGCCCGGUAGCCGCUCAAUCUCCAUCCGUUCAGUCAGAACAUGAACCUAUUGCCGUCAGCGGUCCGCAAAGUCCAGUCCUCUCUGUUCACAGUUCCCAUGCAUCGGAACACAUUGAACAUUCUUCCGACGUUCCACAGAGCCCUGCUCUUUCUGUGCGUAGCUCUCGUGCAUCGGAGCAUCACGAGCAUCACGAGCCAACCAUGCAAAGCCCAGCUGCCUCCGAGAAGAGCGUUGCUUCAUCCUUUAUUGAGUCCACCCACGAAGCUGCUGUUCCACAAAGUCCAGCUCUUUCCGUGCGUAGCUCUCAUGUUUCGGAUCACUUCGAACGCCCAGCUGAUGUCCCACAGAGCCCUGCGUCUUCUGUUCGUAGCUCUCAUGUUUCGGAUCACUUCGAACGCCUAGCUGAUGUCCCACAGAGCCCUGCGUCUUCUAUUCGUAGCUCUCAUGCAUCGGAGCAUUUGGAGCAUCAUGACCAAGUGUUGACCAGUCCAGUUCCCUCCGAGAAAGAUGUGGCCGCUUCUUUCACCCAUGAUUCCGAAAUUGUUGGACACGAAGUUGCUGCUCCACAAAGCCCAGUGAAUUCCGAGAAAGAUACAUUUGUUUCUCGUUCUUCUCCAAUUCAAGAAUCAGAGCUCCCACCGGUUUCUCAUAGUCCAGCAGCUUCAAUCCACAGCUCUAAUGUUUCGGAGCACUUUGAGCAUCAUACGGAGGUCCCUCAGAGUCCUGCGCUUUCGGUUCAUAGCAGUCGUUCCUCGGAGCAUCAUCACACCUCCCAGAUUUUGGAGCACCAUGCGGGAGAAGCUGAGCAAAACCCUAUUCUUUCCGUACACGGAACUCAAGUCGUCGAGCACUUCGAGCAACAUGAUGCUACUCCACAAAGUCCAGUCCUUUCUGUUCACGGCAGCCAUGGAUUGUCUGAGCAUCGAGAGGAGGACGAAAUUGAUCAUGCUUCACACAGCCCGGUGCUGUCAGUCCACAGUUAUCACGCGUCGGAGCAUGUCGAACCACUUGUGAGUGCAGCUCCAGCUCCUCACAGCCCUGUGCUUUCUGUGCACAGUUCUCAUGCAUCGGAGAAUUUCGAACAGCAAUCCGAUGUACCGCAAAGCCCAGCUCCAUCGAUGCACAGCUCUCAUGUCUCGGAGCAUUUUGAGAAAGAGCAUCUUGAGUCAACAUUCGCCAGCCCAGGAUUUGAGGAUAAUUCUGUUGCCCCACAAAGUCCAGGAAACAUUUCCCAUGUUUCUGAGCAUUUCGAUCAUCAUCCCACAGCUCCGGAGAGCCCAGUUCUGUCCGAAAAAGAUCCUAUUGCUCCCCGUUCUCCAUCGAUUCACACCAGUGAUGCUGAAGAAAUCGGACAAGACGAAGAAGAAACCUUCGAAGUUCAGCAUCAUAUUCCGCUUUCCCAUAGCCCAGCUCACUCGGAGAAGCAGGCGAGCCCUGCCCCGGCGGCUCACAGUCCAACUGCUAUGGAUCUCUACAAUCCAUCCCAUGGAAAUAUGGAAAGCCCUCUCCAAUCGGAAGCGGAACACGCGGUUCCCAAGAGCCCAGUCGUUGCCCCUACAAGCCCAUCUCUUUCCGUAAAAGAAGAUGUCGAGAUCGAGGAACCGGUUUUGUUGGAAAACGGAAUAGGAAGUGUACAUGGAAUCGCCAUCGCCGAUCGUAUCGACAUGGAAGCCUAUCACAACUCUCCAACCAAAGAAUCGACAAGUCCUGUUGCCACGAAUCCCAACCCAGCGAUUGUGCCGAUUACUGCUGAACAAAUUGCCGAACAACUCACCAGUCCGACGGAUGGAAGUUUCGAGGAUAUCAUCAAUAAAUCUGCUGAUGAGGAAGCUUCCCAUUUGAUUCAAGAGGCGCUCACCGAGGCUCCAGCUAUCAUUGGCAUGGUGAACACUUACGAGGAGCGCUUCUCUCCGCAAACAUCACCGGGAAAAGGCCACGCCAUGAUGACUUCAAUCUAUCAACCUUCCUCUGAUCAUGACGGAUCUCGGAGCUCGUCGGUUGAGCCGAAAACUGAGAGUCACACUCAGGAGUGGGAUGAUGGAAGCCAGCACAUCAAGGAGACGUCUACCCAUGCCGAAUUCAACGAUGGAAACGUUCAUCACACUUUUUCGGAGACCGUUACUGUUAUCACCGACAACGGCAAUGAAAAUGGAAGUUACAGCCCGAUUCAUCAGCAAGAAUCUCCGAAAUCUGAGAAGUUGUCACCAAAUGGAGCCGCCGAUAACAUUUCCACGGAUUCCCUGAUCAUUCAUGACGACCAUGUUCCAUCUGACUACCAGAUGACUCAAUCCAUCUAUGAGCCAAACGAAGAAGUCCACGAGAAGGAAUGGGACGAGGACAACAAACACGUCCACGAGGUCAUCAGCAAUAUGGAGCACACCGAUGAAACCGGAACGCACUACACCGAAACGGUUAGUGGAAUUGAUAGCCGUAUCUAACUGUUCUUAAUCGAAUUAUACUUUCCAGGUCACUACCACCACGACAGUUAUCAAAUCAGGAGACGAUUUGAAAAACAACAAUGAUGAUGAGGACCAGGAAGAAGAAGAAGAUCAUCAUGAUAUCAAAUCUGUGAUUGAGGAGGAAGAAGAGUGAGGGAUUUUAAAAAUCUUAAAACAUUUGGAAUGAGAUUUUGGGAAUUUUUUCAGAAAACCCGUUUAGAAUCGUUAGAAUAUACGAAAAUUUCAGGCAUGGUUCGAAUGGAAACUUGGUUCGUGAGACCAUCACCACUACCACUCAUACAGUGACCACUGGCCUUCCGGAAGGUGGAAUCCUUGUGGAUGACGGAGACGAGACUAAUGUUUCUUCCCUUUAA